UUGUCUUUCAGUCAUUCUUUCAUAACCGUCAAUUUGCGGUGUAGCACGUGUUGUUAAUUUCUAAGUUAGAAAUUUGAGAACAAAAUGGAUAAACCCGUAGUUUUGGCAAGAGUCAUCAAAGUUUUGGGCCGUACCGGUUCACAAGGGCAGUGUACCCAAGUAAAAGUUGAAUUUCUGGGAGAGCAAAAUCGUCAAAUCAUAAGGAACGUUAAAGGACCUGUGAGGGAAGGUGAUAUUCUCACCCUUUUGGAAUCCGAAAGAGAAGCAAGAAGACUUCGUUGAGAAGAUGGUGGACCAGAAAAUCAGGGAAGAAAACUUCAUUUUUUUAUUAUUAUGAAUAAAUAGAUAAGAAAAC